UGACCAAUUAGGAAAUUCAAUGAAGAAAUAGAAGUUAAAGCUCAUGCCACUGAUAUCUAGUGAUGUGUAAGAGUGACAUUUAAACACUAGAUAUGAAUUCAGAAGAAGACCUUGGUAGGGAUUCUAUUGUGGAGCCAUUGGAAGAAUAUGAUGAAGAUCUGCAUAAUUUUGCAUCAUCAGAAGAUCUUACUAAAGUGUGUAAUAUUAUCCACCAAAGAAUUAUCCUGUCUGGAUUGAAGAACAGCAUGUGGAGGGAUUACCAUGAUGACAUCAUUUUUCGUUUUUUGGUUGAUGAAUCCUUAGACGUUCUGCUUGUUUACAUUGACAAGGACCAAAAUCUUUGCUUAAAAUAUACUGUUCCUUCAGAACUAGUUGAAGAAAUUUUUUACUACAUUAAAACUUCAUGCAGCUCUCGUGUCACCUUAGAAAAUUUUCAGAAAGUCUUGCAGUUCGGAAGUUUGAAAGGAGAAGUAACAGAAAGUCUUAUGCAACUAGUCUCAAAAGUUUAUUCAUUGCUGAUUUUUGGAAAUAAAACAUGGCCUGAUAGCAUUAAGAAAGACUUUUCUAGUCAGCUUCAUAAAUUCUUAGCAAGCUUGACUGAAUUUCAUUAUAAACAAAUUAGGCAAACUAUUUUGUAUAUACCCAUGGAAACAGAGGGCAUUACUGAAGAAGAAGCUGCUAAAGACAAGGAUUUGAUUCAAAGAAUUGAAGGUGUUGUGGUGCAUUGGAUUAAACAGAUAAAAGAAGCUCUCUUAGCUCAAGAGACUGCUCAUACAGGUGAGAAUUUGGGACCAGCAGAAGAAAUUGAAUUCUGGAGACAGCGCUGUGAUGAUCUGUGUAGCAUUAGUCAACAGUUAGAAAAGCCUGGAAUACACAAAAUUCUCUCAAUACUAGAGCUUGGAAAAUCUUCAUAUGCUUAUCAGUUUUUAAAACUCUCAGCAGAAAUACAGAACAGUUUCUUGCAAGCAGAGAGCAACUUGAAAUUCCUGUCAAUUCUGAAAGAGCCAUGUGAAAAAUUAGCUUCCUCACCUCUCAGUGAUAUACCAACCAAGCUACCCUAUCUUCUGAGUUUAAUAAGAAUUAUUUGGAUCAACUCUCCUUUUUAUAAUAGUCGGAGUCAGAUCACAGGUCUAUUUCGAAAAGUUAGCCAAGAAUUGAUCAAAAAAUUCUCAAGGGAAAUUCAGUUAGACAAACUUUUUAAAGGAUAUGCUCAAUCAACGAAAAAGACAGUUGAACAGUGCAUUGACUGUUGCAACACAUGGAAGGAUGCUUACCAACAAGCAGCCAAAAUGCAUCACAGCCUCUCUUCAUUUGGCUGGGUUUUAGAUAAAACGGGAAUAUUUGCAGAAAUGGAUGCUUUUAUGCAAAGAUGUAAAGAUGUUAUUGAGGUUUGCGAUGCAGAGAUGCAUUUCUGUCGAUGGGAAGAUGGCAUAAAAACUCCAUUACCCAUCAUUGGUGGUCAUCAUGGAUCAGAGAUACUCAGAAGUUUGGAAGGCAUUGAAAAUUCCUUUAUGUCUUCCCUGAAAAAUCUAGAAAGUGCUAGCAAUCAGACUUUAGACAUCCGUAGUACAACUUGGCAUGAUCAGUAUGGAAAGUUUCGAGCCAACAUGAGAGAUCUGGAAGUUAUGGCACAGAAUGUGAUAUCUUUUGCUUUUGACAGAGUGACAACUGUACAUGAAGGACUUGAAUUGUUAAGAGUUUUUAAGUACCUUGCAGAACGGGAGUCCAUCAGCCGAGCAUAUGACAAGAGAACAGUAGAAGUG